GCGCACCGGCACUGCGGGGCGCGGGCAGAUCGGCCGGGAACACUCGUAGAAAAUCCGCCUACCCAUCUCACCCGCCCACCCACCAGUCCACCAUCCGUCCCCGACCCUUUCGCUGUUGUGCCCGAAUAGGAAUAAUGGCGGCGGAGGCUCAGGCCGAGGGUCCCGCGCUGCCCCCAGCGCCCCCUCCGCCCCUGGCGCACGGGAGCUCUUCCGCUUCCCCGGAGAAGCGCGGGCUCCUGAUCCCGGGGAACGACGGCGGCGGCGCGGAGGAGGAGCGGCAGCUGCCCGAGCCGAAGCGGCGCCGCGCGUGCGUCGCCGCGCUCGACAGCGUCCCCAGCUCGGUGACCGAGGAGGAGGCGGCGGACUCGCCUGGCUCGGGCUGCGGCGGGGACGGCGCGUCGUUCUCGUUCCAGCACGCGCGGGGCGGCUUCGUGGCGCUGGAGACCACGCCCAAGUUCGGGUCCUUCAACCCGCCGGGGGAAGCCGAGCUGGCGGGCCUAGAUCUGAAGCCUCCGGGACACGAAGCGGAAGCGGAGGGCUCGACGGAGGCGGACGACAAGGUCGAGGUCCCGGAGGCGUCGGCUCCUGGGGCGGAGGUCAAAGACGAGAACUCGCAAUUACUGGGCGGCGAGGUUGAUGGCCAGGUCCAGGCAUGAACUGUGCCUUGGUUUUGACCAGCAACGGAAGUUGCCUGUUGGUUGCUAGUAGUAGUAGUAGCCCUUUUUUUUGUGACUUCUAGUAGUAGUAGCCUAGUAGCAUGCAGAUAAGCACUUAUCACCACUGUCUAGUACGUACUGUAAUCACUUGUAUUUACAUUGUUAACGGCUGAGAAAUGCAGUACAUUUUGUCCAU